AGCUGACCUCACUGAAAAAAAAUUGUUAACGAAACUAUCCAGUACAGCCAUGUCCCGUAUCUGUGAUCAAUUUAUGGAUCGAUUGCAGUGCGUAUGACAGCGUGUAAGGCAUACGCUGAAGUCAUAUUUUGAAAACAUUUUUACACCAGUUCUCCUGACGACGAGUCUACUGAAUCGGGUAAGCCACCAUGCUAGCCACAGUGACUGCUGUGGUUAGGUUUGCUCAAUACAAUGGCAGUAUUUCACCUACACCAUUGGAAAACACAUCUGCAUUCCCAACUUGGCAACCUGAUUCUGAAGCCAACAUCUCCAAGCCUCACACAUGUCUACAAAUUCUGUAUGAGGACGUUGGAGACUCCAGGGUGCGGUUCUGGGACAUCUUACUGCUGGUGCCUAAUGUGGCCUUCUUUGUGUUCCUGAUGUGGAAGCUGCCCUCAGCCAGGGCAAAAAUUCGACUCACCUCCAGCCCUAUCUUCGUCACCUUUUACUUGCUGGUGUUUGUUGUAGCAGCGGUUGGAAUCACCCGUGCCGUAGUGUCCAUGACUGUCAGUGCAUCCAGUGCUGCCACCAUCAUAGACAAAGUGCUGUGGGAAAUCACACGUUUCUUCCUGCUGGCUAUUGAGCUCAGUGUUGUCAUCUUGGGACUUGCUUUUGGUCACCUGGAGAGCAAGUCUAGUAUAAAGCGAGUGCUGGCGAUAACGGCUGUGCUUGCUUUAGGCUACUCCAUCACACAGGGCACACUUGAGAUCCUGUAUCCAGACAGUCACCUCUCUGCUGAGGACUUCAACAUCUACGGUCACGGAGGACGCCACUUCUGGUUGGUCAGCUCCUGCUUCUUCUUCCUGGUGUACUCUUUGAUUGUGAUCUUGCCUAAAACUCCAGUGAGGGAUAGGAUAUCUCUUCCAUCUAAGAGAAGCUUCUAUGUGUACGCUGCCAUCCUUUCUCUAUUGAACCUCGUCCAGGGCCUGGGCAGUGCUCUGCUGUGUGCUGGAAUCAUAGAGGGACUCUGCUGUGUGGAUGUCACCACCUUCCUGUACUUCUCCGCCUUUGCGCCGCUCAUUUAUGUCACAUUCCUCAAAGGCUUCUUCGGGUCAGAGCCAAAGAUCCUGUUCUCCUACAAGUCACAGAUGGAUGAGCCAGAUGAGAGUGACGUCCACCUUCCUCCCACCGUCGCUACCACUGGGCGAAAGGAGAUGACUGACCAGGGCCUGUUCUACUCCUCCACCCAAAUCGAUGGCUCCGGUCCCGGCAGCUCUCGUAUGGUUGGAGCGUACCUGGAUGAUGUCGCCUCCGGGCCUUAUGGGUCCAGCAGCAUUAACAGCAUUGAAGCUGACCGCUGGAGACCUAUCAACGUGUGAAUAAACGAAGGGGAGUGUUGUGGUUUAAACAGCUGGACCUUAAUAUUGUGUAUGUAGUGUGUAAUGCAACAUGGCCAAAAAAAAAGCUGAACAAAGAAGUUGGAUCACAAGAACAAGUUAUCUUGGCCUUGCUUUGACGCCAGCUAAGUUAACAAGUGGACACUUAAGGAGAAACCUUUGCUAGCCAAUUAUCUGGAAGACUGUGAAUUAAGCAACUGCUUUUGUAACAUUGUUGCCAGAGUGCACUACUGCUGUAGCUCCACACUAGGAGCACUUUCCCUGAUUGUGUCCCGGACAGACUCUGUUUUGAUUCUGCUUGAUGUGCUUUUAAAUGUGGUAGGUUAUUGACUCGAAUCAGCGCAUUUACUGUCAUUCCUGCAUCCUGCAACAACAGCUAAAGGCUUAAUAAUUAACUCAUUGUAAAUUCCUUCCCUUAAAAUCUAAGAGUAUCUCUUCGUUAUUGGCUGCCAUGUAUUAGAUUUGUGACCCGAUUUGGAUAAUGAUGUUUUUACUGAAUCACUCUGCCUCUCCACACAGGUAAAAAUAACUUGUGGUACUUCAUUUAGUUAAGUGUACUUUGUCUUCUGAGAUAGGCGCUGUCCCUUCUGUGAACAAGUGAAAUGUGUUAAUGGAUGUGUGUCUCUGCAAUAUGAUAAGAAAACCAGUCGCUCCUAAAUACAGGAUAUUCAUUUACACUAAAGACCACAGAUCGCCUGUAACUCUGCCAGGAUUGGCUCUGACACAAGAGCAAAUUGUCUUAGCUAUAAACUCUCUAGCUGUCAUUUCAUUCCACUUUUAUUUAUGUUGGGGUUUUAAUUUCUUACAACAAAUGUUUCAUUCCUGCUACUGGUACAUGUUUGAGCAUCAUAGUCAUUAAGAGUGUGUUAUUAGGUGUGUGAUUCAAACAACAAAUGUGCAGAAAUCGUCUUUGAGUAUUCCUAAUUAGACAUGCCCUCAUUCCAUAUCAGCAUGUCUAUUUCCACUCUGCUUGUUGCAAAGGGUCACUGUGUACUAAUGUUUAUUUUUCUGCCAAUAUCUUUUUUUUCUGUCACCGGAAUUCUCACAAAUGUUAUAACAAAUGUUCAAAUUAGACCAAAAAAUUAUACGUGGUUGUCUAUGCAGUGUAUUUAAAAAAAUAUAUAUUAACCCUUAUGUCCCCCUGAACAAGAGAGACUCAGGUGAUGGGUAAAAUCACAUUUCCUUAUUCCUAUCAUGGAAAUAAAAAAUUAUGAUGUAUGUGAGUUUCACUCUGAAAAUGCUAUUUGUUUGGUAUACAUUGAUUACUGUAUUAAGCUAGCAGUAUUCAUAUAGUGGUUAAGUGUAUGCAGAAAAUAUGCAUUUAUUUUUUCAGCAUUUUAAAGCAACAACACAAAGAAGUUGUUUAUUUCAACAAAUUAAAUUAUAUGCCUGACUCUGGAAAUAGUAUAUAUUCAAAUUUAGGGGCCGGUGAAACAUUCUGUAUAGCUUGGAGUUAGGAAAUGGGAAAUUAGAUGUAUUAAUCAUGACAUGAGUUCACAAUUCUUAAGAAAGUCCUCUCUCCUGAUAGAAAAUGUUUUGGAAUUUGAAAUAAUUUUGCAAAUGAUCUGUAAAUUGCCUUUUUAUUUAAGGGCAUUGAUUGUAUGAUAUUUAGCCCAUAUUAUUGCAAUGUAUUGAGCAUUCCGUGACCAACAAAAUAAACCGUGGACUCUUU